AUGGAAACCAAUAUCAGUGGAGAACAUUUUCCAAUGACUUUGGCUAAUCGCACAGUGGCUUUGGCAGUCGCAGACACUGGAUUUCUCUUUUUAAUCAAUAUCGCAGCUCUUUUUGGAAAUAUAAUCCUAUGCGUCGCGUUUGUAAAAAACAACCAUCUGCGAUCGGCCACAAACAUACUCGUUUUCGCACUUGCUGCCUGCGAUAUCCUCAUGGCCUUUCUUGCCAUGCCGCUAUCAGAGGUAUCUCUCAUUGCUGGAAAAUGGAUCUUAGGGGAUCACCUUUGCCACAUCCAAGGGUUUCUUGUGCAUUUUUUAGCAUUCCUCUCCCUUCAGACAAUGGCUUUGACAGCAAUAAAUCGGUAUUUUCGAGUCAUCAAGCCUAGAUUUUACAGGAAAGUGUUCACCCCUUGUCACACGACGCUGAUGAUUGCUGUGGCGAGUGUGCUUUGCUUCGUAGCUUUGGCUAGCGUGACGUUCGGGCAGCAUAACUCUUUUGUGUUCCAUCCUGGAAAAGUCAUAUGCGUAACAUUGCACGAAAAUAGUUUCAGCAGCCAAGUGUUCACAACAUUUUCCAGCGUGGCUUUUGUCUUCCUUCCUGCUUGUGUUAUCAUAUGGUGUUACACCAAAGUCUUUAGGGCAAUUAGAAGACACUUUCGACAACUGGCUUCCAGGAGGGUGUCAACCGUCUCCCUGAAUAAUCUAACUCCAGCAGAGAUUGUUGUUACACGCACUGUUUUUGCCAUUGUUUUAGCAUUUUUCAUCUGUUGGAUUCCUUGUAUCGUUAUUGACAUCAUGGAUGUCAUGCGUGAUGAGUGGUUCGAUCGCCAAGUUUACCUGGCCUACACUUACUUUGCCUAUACUUCAAGUGCCAUAAACCCCUUUAUUUACGGGGUACUCAAUAGGUCAUUCCGCGUAGAAUACCUUAAACUUUUGAGAUGUCGCUGA